AUGUUGCACGCCACUGAUAAUUUCUCGGGCACACAUGAUGUCAUCCUUUUCAUUCAUUUUAUAGAAUUAGAACAUUUGAUCAAGUAUGAACUGCAGUCACGUCUUGCUAAGUUCUCAAAGGGUUCAAAUGCUGCUAGAUUUAGAAAUACAGAGAUUAUUAAUUUACACGACUUAGCCGUCAGGUUGAGGGCGAGCUCGUUGGGUGAUGACGAUGUUUAUGUUUACGAUGAAGUCGGAGAAGAAGAAGAACCCCCUACUUCAGGGGUGUCUACAUCGGUGCUUAUGAAGUUGAAGGCGGAGAGCUUUACUGCAGCGGAGAGCGGUGGCAGUGACUGUGCAAUUUGUUUGGAAGAUUUUGGCGGUGAUGAAAAGAAGGUGGUGAUCAAGAUGCCGAACUGCGGUCACAGUUUUCAUGAAAACUGUAUCUUUAGAUGGUUGCAGAAGAAAAAAUCUUGCCCUAUGUGCCGACGUCAAGUUGAAGACUGA